CAUCAGACAUUCACUGCUCGUUCAAUCGUCGAGCAAUUGACAUCGUUCGUUUUUUUUUCCUCAGUCUCGAAUAACAAAUUCAAAAAGUGUAAACACGACAAAUCAGUUUAUUUUUAAGUUGAAUUUUUUCGAGGUUAUUCCGGAUUUGGAGUUCUAUUGAGGAAGAGGAUGGAGAAGGACCAGCUUGACUCUCUGGCCACUGUGGCUGUUGGGUCUGAGAAAAUUCCACCUCCUCCGCACAGCCAUUAUGCUCCUAGUGAAGUUUAUUCCUCGUCCGAAUCACCACCGGCAUAUUCUCGUCCAGUGAUGAAGAGUACCGCCGUUCAAAUAGCGAGAAUUACCGCUGUAACUCUAAUCGCAAUGUCCCUAAUCAUUGGCAGUUUCAUCUUGGCAGCUGCAUUCCUCGAGGCUCGUGCAUCCUGCACUCCAGAGUCAAUCGCUGCGAUGCAAGCGCAAUUGAACAUUCAGCAGGGGGAAUCAUUCCGGAUAGGUCAGCCUGAAGCCCUCAUUCAGGAGCCCCAAGAACCUAAAGAGAGCCUCCAGAGCCUGUCAGCUGCAUCCGAAAAGAAGCUCCUGGUAUCGCCCAAAGAAGAUAAAAAAAUCCAGAAAGAUGACAGCGAUACCACAAAGUCGGACAACGAAAGUGGCGAUGAGAAUGAGAACGACGAUGAUUACGAGGAUCCCGAGUUCCCCCCAGUUCACAUUAAACUGCCACUUCAGCUCGACCUCGAUGACCUGGCUGGUACGAUCAUGCAACAGGCGAAGAGUCUCGUCUCGUGUGUCGUUGAGCGUCGCAGGUCUGAGGAGCUCACCGACGGAGACAACCAUCUUGAGAACAACAUCAAUGAUCCUAAGAGACUCCAGAGGCUCCAUGGAGAGAGAGUUGUCAUUCUGUGCGAGUCUGGAGAUCCCCGCCGUCAAGAACAAGAGCAAGAUCUCUUGACCCCGAUCAUCGUACCCCUGGGCCCAAUUCCAAUGCCAAUGCAGCAGCAGGAUCAGGAUUACCACCGUUAUCAGGUGCCCAAUCAAUUUCCAAUGCCUGAGAAUCAACGCUCGCCAUUCAAUUUCAGAGGAAUUAAACCAGUGGGAAUAUUCCCACCGGAGUUCAAGAAUGUACCACAGAUGAUGGACAUGGGGCCACCCCGAGUGCAACCACGCCCGCAAAUGGAUAUUCGCCCAGUACCAAUCGAGCUUCGUCCAGUUCCCAUCGAGAUGAUCCACGGAAUGAGGCCACCAAGUGACCAAGAGCACCAGCAACACGUAUUCCCCCAGGAACAAAAUACUUCCCCUCAAGAACCCCAGCCACACGGUAUGGUCCCACCACCUCCACCCGCACCGCCAACCUCCCAAGAGCUGCCCCAGGAACGUAGGAUGACUCCACAGGUUAUCAUUCGUCAGCUAAUUGAGCAGAGGCCACAGUCCCAGGAGAGUCAGGAGAGACCCGUCAUGCCAUUCCAAGGAAUUCCACUUGAGAUAAGAAAAAUCAUUCAGCAAGUACCUCUGGAAAUUAAAAACAUCAUUCAACAUAUUACUGGGGAAGUCCGACCCGUGCCAGUACCUGAGGGAGCUAGACGAGAAGCAGUUCAAGAAUUCAAGCCGUUCCCCGAAGGCUCGCGCCCCAUGACCCUGGACUCUCUCCUCCCGAUUGAAGUGAGAAAUCUCCUGGAGCACGACAACAUCGAGGGACGCCGUCAGGAAGAAUCUGAAGAGCAGCAGGAGCAAGCGAAACCCUUCCCAGGACCUGAAGACCAAGGGGAAGAGGAGGAGAAGAAAUUCUCUGUGCCACCUGAUGUAAGGAACUUCAUCCACCAGAUAGUCGAGGGUCAUGCUUUCCCAGUUCCACGAUUCUCAAUGCCCCUUCGACCUGUUGAAUCUUUCGGAGUACCCAUGCAGGUCAGUGCACGAGUUGUAGAGGCUACAGGAGGUGAAGACAAUAAGGAGCAGCAACAGGAGGAACAACAGCCUCCUCAGCAGCCUCAGGCUCACGCUCUCGUCGAGCAGCACGAGGAGAGUGAAGACAAACGUCCUCACUAUGUACAACCCCGUUCAGUGCGUUCAAUUCCUGACGCCCUGGCCCACCCACGGGACAAGCGAACUCGUCGUUGUGCCUGCGACUGUGCCUGCUAAAUUCACUAGCAGACAAAACUUACAACUCCCAUCAUUUGGGUGCAUUCCUUCCACUUUUCCUGACGCAUAACGUUAAAUAAAACAAAAUAAAAAUAUUAAAAUUGUACAUUCGUGAUGAAUCAUUGAAAGUAAUUGGAAGCCUUAUUCAACAUGUAAAUAAUGGCUGUUUCGUACCAGAUGAGGAUACAAAGUGAUACUUUUUCUCCAUAAGGAUUGUUAGCUGUUGAUCGUUUGAUAUUUUAUGAGAGUGGUGAAAAAAAAUGUGAGAUGGAGAAAAACGAAA